AUGCGGCUCGUAAGCUUCGCGAUGCAGCGAAGACGCGGGAUGGAAGGGGAUGGCGAAGGCGAGAGCAGGAAGAGCACAGGAAGUGAACACAACGAUGUCGGCGACGAUGAUGACGAUGAUGAGGAGGAGGCAGACGAGGAGGUCCACUUCGGCGCCAUCAUGGACGACAACGAGCACAUCUGCGACCUCACUGCCUCCUUGCCGCGACAAUGGCAGCCGCUGGACUCCAUCGCCUUCCUGCAACGAGGUGCCGACGCUCUCAGACGUGCAGACGAGGCCAUGUCAGAGCGAGCAAACCUGAUCCCGCUCUCUCAAGUUCGGCUUCUGGCUCCUGUGACGAAUCCGGGCAAGGUGAUAGUGGUGGAGAAUGUGAUCGUUGGUGGAGACAAGGGAGCUGACGAUGAGAAAGUUGGACAACAGCAUGUUGGUAAAUCUUGUUUCACAAUCGCCAACAUCUUCUGA